AUGGGAACGGCGGCAGAAAGCGGCGGCGUAAGUCUAUCGGAACUGUACUCCAGCUCGAAGCGGCUGUUGCUGAAGACCAGAGAAUCAUUAGAGAGGAUUGAGCGUCUCGAGUACAUGUCAUCCUCUUCAUUCUCAUCAUCAAGCACCUUCGUUCCUGGGACUUCAGAUGAUCAAGCCGCUGUAAUCCGAAGAGACAUUAACCAGAUCCAGUCCCUCUGCGUCAACAUGGAUCGUCUCUGGCGUUCCAUCGCCGCCAAGUCUCAGCGCGAUCUCUGGAAAAGAAAAGUGGAGCAAGUGGUUGAGGAGGCUGAGUCAUUUAAAACUAGUCUUGACAAGUACAUAUCACGGCAUCAGAAGCGGAUGCAGGAAGUCCAAGAGAGAGCAGAAUUACUUGGAAGAGCUAAUGGGGAAUCCUCUCAUAUCUUGAGAAUUUUUGAUGAGGAAGCACAAGCAGUACAGUCAGUCCGUAACUCCUCUAGAAUGCUAGAAGAAGCUUAUGCGACUGGCGUUGCAGUUCUUUCGAAGUAUAGCGAGCAAAGGGAUCACUUGAAGAGAGCUCAAAGGAAAGCACUGGAUGUUAUGAACACUUUGGGGCUAUCGAACACUCUAUUGAGGCUUAUUGAGAGGCGGAAUCGUGUUGACAAAUGGAUCAAGUGGGAUCCCCUCCUUGUCCUGGAUCUUGGCCUUGACAUUAUCUAUGGUGUCAGAGCUCUCCACCUCAAGGUAAUAGUCUUCCCAGUGAGUGUUUUGACGAAUAUUUGCAUACCACCAUGA